AGGAUGACGAGAGUCAUAGAAAGAGAGAAGUUGGUGGAGGUUAGGUCGGUGGCGCAAAGAAAGAAGAAUGACUAGUGGCCGGCGGCGGUGGACUAGCGCCUGUGCUACACGAGUAGGAUGACGUUGAGGGGAGCUUGCUGGAUGGAGAGAAAAGAACGGAGAAUUGAUUGGUCGUAACGUGAAGAAAGAAGGAACGAGAGUACGACUGAGUAGGAAAGUAGGGGAAGUACGGUGAGAGAGUGUGGUCGGGAGUAGGAGAGUGCGCGGCAAGGGGCGAUAGAGUGAGAGAGCGAGCUGGUGGCCUGAGAGGGGAAGGGAAAGAUCGUUUCAGUGGGAAGCAGCCGCAGUCCGCUAGUAGUAGUGGGGAUGAAAAUUAGUUACGGCAUCUACCAAGACCUAAAAGGAACUCCGUGCGCGGCGCGACCAGGCCACUUCGUGCAAUGUUACGCGUUAAGGUACCCCCGUACGUCGCAUCGUUAGCAGUGCCCGGUUUCGAAGCUCAUCGUCGUCAUCGUCGUCGCCGUUCUCGUUCUCGUGUUUGACGUGACGGUCAUCGUCACGGUGCGGAAAAGUUCGGUGUGUGAAAAUAUACGUUAUGGCUCAUGGUGUAAACGAAGUGCUCAGUGAAGGAAGCACGGUGAAAAUGGUGCAUCAAAAACAGCAACAACAGCAACAGAAUCCGAGGAAAUCGGUCGGUGUGAUGGGAAGUAGACGGAUAUUCGCGCCGGCCUUCAAACUCAAGGUUCUCGAUUCGUAUAGAAACGACAUCGAUUGUCGUGGAAAUCAACGAGCCACCGCGAGGAAGUACGGGAUUCAUCGACGUCAAAUACAAAAGUGGUUACAGUGCGAGGAUAAUUUGAGAAAUAGUUGUGCCGAGACUGGUAAUACCGGAGUUGUCUCGACAACGGUGAUCUCUCCCGUGGGUGUUUCCAAGCCGGACGGUACCGUGACGGAAGCCACGGGGCCUGCCGUGACUCCAGCAGCGCCGGCCUUGAACCUCAGCCUCGCCAGACUGCACGGCGACGAGUUGGCUACACAGCAAGGGCCCCCACCUCUUCUUUCUCAUCCUCCUCAUGGUGGUUCAUCCUCUUCGUCCCAAUAUGUUUCCCAAUCUGGAACGGCGCCGGUUUUAUCCGUUCGUCUUGGUUAUCAAGAAUAUUCUGUCAAUUCAGAGCAACAACAUCCUCGUCGGGAAACAGACGAUCGAAUACAGGUAACAGUGGACGUUCAGGGUUAUUCGGAGACGCGCGCGGAUCAAGAACCAAAUUAUUACGUUCUAAAUUCGGACGGUCAACGAGGGGAACUCGAUAAUUUCGAUGGUCGGAACGAGGCGAAGGUGUAUCAGACCCUGACAUCGUAUCGAGUACCUCUUCAACAAGAUCGAUUCGGUAACGAAAAUGAAAUCAUCGUCGGGACAUCCUCUUUGCAUCGGCAUCGUUCUUCGCCUAUGCAUCAUCGAUCUCAGCAAAAUUACGGGGACGUGGAUUCGUCAAUGGACGGGAAAUCGUACGGUUUGUUGCUAGCGCCGUCGAUGAUAAAGACGGAACGAGCGAGCCCAGACUCGGCGGCGACGCCAGGGCCGUGCGAAUCCACUAGUUCUCCCGGUGCCCCGAGAGUCUCACUCUCGCCCGUUUCGCAUUCAGCCAACGGCACCGGAUUCAGCUCCAGCUCCAGCUCCAGCUCGGCUAUGUCCGUUCACUUCGAUUCUCCACGGCCCUCCGCGAGCCCGUGUUUGCACGUGCACGAGCAUGAGCACGCACACGAAUCGGUACACACGUCACCAACACCGGAUUCCGAGAAUCCGAUCUCGUCCCUGCACCGUUCGCACCAGAGAGAGUCGAAAGAAACAACAACGAUUCAUAUCGAGGAGAAGGGAACCGAGGACGUAGCAGAAGAGACAGAAAACGGUAAGGCGGUGGUCAAGAAAGAAAUCCAGCUCGAGGAAGAGGUGGUGGUCGGCGAGGAGGGAAGGGAAGCUGUCGUUGCAUCCUCGUACGUCGAUUAUCAACGACCACCUGCUGCUUUCCCGACACACACAGAUUCGUGCCCAGUAAGCCCCGCGAACGAUCGAGAAGGAUAUUCGUUGCCUCCGAGUCCUCGAGGACCCACCAGCUCCGGUAGAUCCAGCACCAGUUGCUCCGACAGCGAGAUGGAUCCACUCGAUUGUUCUUCCGCCAAUCAAAAUUCGUCCAACGAUCUAACUCGUCGACGAUCAUUCUCGCUAAGGUUCAAAUUGGAUGUUCUCGACGCUUUCCAUAGAGACGUUGGUGUGGCGGGUAAUCAACGGGCCACGGCGAGAAAAUUCGGCAUCAAUCGGCGUCAAGUACAAAAAUGGUUAGGUCAAGAGACGGAGUUGCGGGGCGAGAUCGCUCUUCGCGGAAACUCGAGGCAGAGGCUCGGUCCCAUCCAGGAUGCCGCUUCCGGUGACUCACCGGUAGAUCUGAGGACGUCGAACUACGUUUCUAGCUUAUCGCAAGAUCGAAUCGAAGUCGAGUACGAGCAAUCGCCUCCUUAUUGCUGCGAUGUUGGCUCUUCGCAGCAUCUUCCAUAUUACCAACACGCCGCCAUGGUCGAUGUAUCUUGCGAGAACGAGCCUGUCGUUUCUUGUAAUCUUUCAUGCUGCAUGGACGGCCACGCCGUGACACCGGUUGUCUCGUGCUAUCAGGAAGCCUCCUUAAGGGGAUCUUGCUACUCCGACUCGCAGACCAGAUUGUACUGUUAUUCCCCCCGAGAAUAUUCGUCGGAGAUCACCUCGGUUUCCGAACACUCGGAAGAACUGUCCUCACCGUUAAAGAGGCAAUAUUGCACUCUUUCAUGCUGUUACGAGACUCUAUCUUCGCCGAAGAGACUCUGCCUAGAGAUCGAAGAUCAGAUCAGGACGAAUUCCUGCCAAGAAGUGCCUCCUCAGGAAAUGCCGCUUUGUUUGGUGAAGCCAAAGAGGUUCGUCGACGCAGCUGCGUCGAGAACGGAGCCUGUGACGAGUACUGUGCCAACGCCACCGGCGUCCGUCGCGCCUCCACCCUCAGGAUCAACGAUCAAGAAGGAUGCCAUUCUGUUCAAGCCUUAUUUGGACAAUCCCGUGAGCAAACCGGCCAAAGAGCAGACAGUCCAAAGGGGUUUGUCUCCCAUCAGUAGCCAGAAUAUCAUUAACAAUAACAACAACAACAAUAACAACAACAACAACAACAACAACAACAAUAACAACAACAACAAUAACAACAAUAACUGCCAAAAUAUUUGCAAUUUGAACGAAGGCAGGGGCCAUGACUAUGCUCUAGAAUUAAGCCUGAGAUUGCCGGUAUCCUGGAGAGCUCAUCCAAGUCCGUACGAGUUCCCACAGGUUAGAAGUGCGUUCGUUAGGUAUCCAGCAAGUCCUCAUUAUACUUAAUUGGAAAAUUUGUUUGAUCCUCGAUUUCGCGAAACGGAAGUUUCGAAUUUUUUAUUGUAAAAUUAACCGACAUCAAGUGCCAAGAAAUCGAUAUUUAAACUCGAAAAAAAAUUUUUUUAAUCGAUCGUUGUUGAUAUUUAAAUUCGAGAAAAUGAAAAACAAUACCAUGAUUUGGAUCAAGGAUAUGAAAUCGAUUGUUAGAUAUUCAAUGGUCGAUAAAGGAGAGAAAAAAUCCUUUUAGAAAGGAUUUUCUCGAGCAGGAUCGAUUAGUACGUGAUCUACGACACGUCGCACGCCACGUAAGCGUUUAUCGUUUCCUCAAUCGUCGGCGUCGCGUAAAACAUGAUAAAAUUUUAAUCGGCCAUUAGACGGUAUGUGGAAAGAGAUUAUAUAUAUGGUCGCGUCUUUGGUUGGCAUCCUUUAACAUUUUUUGAUUUGAUUUUUUUUUUCUUCUGCCACUCUCCAAAGUUUCUUCAAUCCUUCCCUUCCCUUUCUAUCUCUUUCCUUCUCCCCUUCUCCAUGAAAAUUUAUCAUGAUGAAAUAUUUUUCUUGGAGAAAUUUUUCUCAUACCAUCUUAUCAGAGAUUAACUCGUUCGACGGCUAUCGGCUAGGCCGUUUAGAGGUCGAGUGUAUUGGCUAUAAUUAUAGAAUUAUGUCAGUCUCUGAAUGAUAACGAUCACGAUGAAAACUCGGUAAUGUGGCUCAUCAUCGUGAUUCGUUGCGUAAUCGCCUUUAUAAAUUUCAACGAAAAUUCGUUGCAUUCGUGCAACUAUAAUUUUUCCUUUACUUGCCCUCGUUCAAUGAUUUUUCAAUCUCGAUUCGUUGGAUAAAUAGAUCAAACCUGAUCACAUUUGAAAUUAUAUUUCAGAUAAUUUGUUAUAUAUUAUUGUAAAAUGUUACUUCAAAUACUAUUAUUAUUUAUUUAUACAAUACGAUAUAAUAAUUUCUGUUUAUUAGUAUUAUUUUAACGAUUAUUUUAAACGAUUACUUCUUAUUUCGAUGUCAAAUAAAAUUUUACUCUUUUGACAUUGAAAUUUUCCACGAAUCAUUAUUGAUUCUUCCAAUUUCGCGUCCAAUCGAGGAUCAAAUCUAUUAGAUAUCGUUUAAUUGCUCAAAGAAUUUCUUCCAUACGCGCAUCCGUGUCUCAUGCACGGUACACAGCAAGUAUUACGACAGGGUUUCGUCUCCGUUUUUCCUCUCUUUUGUUUUCCAGAACUUCUCUCGCCUCUCGGCACGCGAUUUUCCCUCAAGUCUCACAUUUCCUUCCUCCUCGGUCGAUUAUCUGUAAAUAUGUAAAUAGAAUGACGCAGGAGGAUCAAACCGAUCGAAGUCGAAUCGUAAUCGAUUAAUCUAAUGAAUUGUUGUGUGGCUCGGUUCGAUCCUCUCGCUCGAACGGCCAUUCAUGGAUAUUUUUAUAUCGAGUUUUCGGUCACGAGGAAGAAGGGAAGGAACGAAAGGUCGAAGAAGGAGAAGCGCGAGAAAAUUCAUAUGACCGCUUCUGUUCGAGGCCUUCGCCAUUCGUGCCUUUUUUCUCGCUGGUCUUAUUACUAGAUCAAACGCAAUCUAAUUUUGAACAAAUUUACAGGUAGAUUACAUAGUUUGUAUACAGAGAUAUAUUUUGUACAAAUUUGCGUUCUUCGAAGGACAGUUAAAGCGACGAAUCAAUUAGAUGUUAAAAAAAUUUUUAAUAUCGAUAACGCAACAAUGUAAUAAAUCAAUGUCAUAUAAAUUUAGAAAUUUUUAUAAUAUCGAUCGAUAGAUUUUUGACAAUCUUUGUCGAAUCGUACGAUAUUCUCUACAUACAUUGUCGAUCAGAGAUUUGGAAUUAUUAAUACAUUUUGUAAAAUAUAAUUAUUUAUAAAAUGUUUAAAUUAGAGUUCAGUUACCUAUUUUGUGCAAACAAAAAUGAGCACAUUUAUCUUAUUAGUAAUGCAAAUUUACUUUCGUCUUAAUAAAUGGCAAUAAGAUUGGAAUGGAAUUAAAUUUUUUUGAUUCAUUAUCAGUUAAUGUUUUAUUUAAAUAUUUUAUAUGUAUAUAUGAUAUAAAAAAGAAAAGAAAAGUGAUUUCAAAUUUUUGAUCAAUAGUACGUACAUAUAUCGAUGAGAUUUAAUGCGAGAUUGAUCGUGAGGGGAGAUUUUUAAUAAAGACACGAGAUCGAUUUGCAAAACCAGCGUGCCUUAAACGAUAUAUAUAUAUAUAUAUAAAAGACAUUAGAAUUUCAUACAGGGACGUAAUGUUGUUUAAUAUCGAAUGUUAAUACAAUUUUAAUUUAAAAUAAUAAACUUAUUCACAAAAAAAAAUUACGAGAGAGAGAUAGAAAGAGAGAGAGAGAAAGAGAGAGAGAGAGAGAGAGAUGUUCUUAAUUAUUCUUAUAAAUUAUUCACGCGUUCAUAUCAUUUCCAUUCGUUCUCUGAUUGAUUGAAUCCCAGCUAAUGUAUUUCGAUUCUUGAGUCGAUAACGCGUUUAUUUUUAUUAUAAGACGACCAUCGAACUAGCAAAGAAUGUAUCUAAUUCAUUGGUCAAAAAAAAAAAAAUUCGAAAAUUCCUUGUUAUGUUUUCUUUCUACUUCUGAUAAUCUAUAUGUAGUUUUCUUGUAUUAGAAUCGAUCAGAACAAGUUGACGCAACGUGUGCCACGGUCUUUUUUUUUUGGAUGUAACACUCAUCAAGCCGUGAAAAUUUCCCUCUGGAUGGAAAACUGAAAAUAACCAUUCCACGAAUGUUCUACGAUCCAACAAUUGAGCACGUCGCGGCAAAGAAGGGCAAUUUUGUAAAUUACCAUCGCAGACAGAGUAGUUACGUCAAUGUUUCAAUAUUCAGGCUCAAUCGAGCUCGUUCCAAGUGCGACUAAUCUCACGCGUUGCGACAGCAUUAUCGGCCAUCGAGGAUGCACUCGCAAUGAAUCGUGGCACGCGCGCUAGUCGAACAAUAUUUACCUGGACGUUUGUUUCAUAUAUGUAUACGAAUGGAAUAAUAAAUAAUAAAUUCCAAGCAAAUUUUAUCAAAUUAUACGUGGAUUUUUGUGGAUUUCUGUGUUUCUAAAUUUUUGGAAAGCAAUGAUUUUUUCGACGAAUUUUUGCCUAAGAAACGAUUAAAUCGACUUUUAGAAUCGGAAAGACGGGAGAAGAAACCAUAUUAACCUUGUCCGCGUUCGCCGAUAGGGUCAAGGUGGCAAUGUACAAUAAAAUAUAGCGUAAUCUUAAGCCAUAAUGAAUUACAUAAUGCCAUAACAAACGUUUUACAUAAUAAACGUAGCGUCGAACCGACUGAUGGGAGAGCGAGAGAGAGAGAGAAAGAGUGAGAGAGAGUGAAAGAGAUGAAGGAAGAGCGUGCUCGAUAGUGCGAGAAAUAAAUGCGUGCAUGUUUUUUUACGUGUGUAUUGGCGCGCACAGUUUUCGUACGUGCGUAUACGAAUGUGUUUCGUGUGCACAGCCCAUAAGAGUCUAUUAAACGAGGCAUAAAACAUUGUAUAAGCAAUAUUUUUUAAGUGCAUCAAACUGUGUGAACGGAAGGUGAGGAGGAAGGACGGGGGUAUGAAGGGAACGAACGGUUGGUUCGAAGUGGUGGGGAGAAAAACUUCGUGGGCGAGCCCCCACGUUUUAAACCCACGUGUAGGCAGAGAACGUACAUACAUUAUACAUACACACAUUAUACAAAUAUACAAAUAAUUAUAUAUAAGCAUAAUGCUCGCGUAUGUACAAAAAAAAUUUAUAUAUAGCGUUGAUAGAUAAAUAGAGAGAGAGAGUGAGUUUAUAUAUAUAUAAUUAUAUAUAUAUAUAUAUAUAAAUAUGUAUACAUAAUUAUAUUUUAAUACGAUCAAGUUGUAGGAACGAAGCGACUAAAAACUCGCCCGGUGCCUUUAGAGAUCCGCUCGUGCCUUAUAUCUUUAUUAAUGCGAGGAAGAAUCAAGGACCAAAUGUCUCGCGUCCUUAGAACGAGCCACGUAUAUUUUUACGUCCUCUCCGCGGCGAGAAAAAAAGCGCUGCUCUUGGCAAGGAUACGUUCUGCAUAACACCGGUGACUCGUCCAACCGUGUAAUAAUAUCAGUAUUGAGACUUAUUCGUUUAUUUAUUGGUCGCAACUUUAAUAAUUUUCUUUCCCUUUCUCGUUUUUCUAUCGAAUAAAUUAGAUCGGAUCGAGAACGAACUAUAUUUCUUUUUUUUUUUCUCAUGUAUUUUCUGUUCAUCUACAUUUUUAAUCAUUCUAAUUUGGUUUAAUUCGAAUGAUAUAUGAGAAAUUGUAUUAGUCGAAUAUAAACUCGUUCUGAAGGUUGAUUGAGACCAAAAACAAAUUCGAGUUUUCUCGCCGAGAGAGGCAAUUCAAAGUGUGAUAAUCGAAGAAUCGCUGAUACCUCGCCUCUAAGGCUUAUCUAUGUCUUUUUUUUUUCCUCUCUUUGUGCGGUCGAGAUUCUCCGGCGAGCGGUGAACGGUAGAAAGAACAACGAUAUUCGAUAUAUCACGCAAUCCACGUGUUUCUCAAUUCGUCGACAAAAUUCGCCCAAUUACAAAGCAUAUCCGUUAUAUUGUGAUUCAUCGAGUACCAAGAGAUUGAGAGGGAGAGAGACUGAAUUAUUCAGAGAGAAAGGGAUAGAAUGAUCGAGAAACAAUCUUAAUGUACGGAGAAAAUAGAUAUCAUCAACGUUUUUUUUUGUACGUUCGAAAAAUAAAAAAAAACAAAAAUUAUUGUAUUAAAUAUUGUAUUAUAUAUACACGCGUAGAUUAUGAGAAUUUGAGAGAAAAUAUAAGAGACUAUUUUAAAAGAAA